AAGACAUUGAAAUGAAACAAUUGAAAUAUAGUGAGGAGUCGCUAGCAUUGUGUUGAAUACACGUGUACGCCCUGAGUGCACAGUGCCUGCCUGGAAACUUCCACAGCUUACUGAUAUGAUGAUGUUAAGACUGUAGAGUCAUUAAAUGGGAGUGAACCAGUGUCAAGUAAUUUCCCACUUCUGGAUCUCCUGGCCCUACUGAAUUACAGGCACUGGCACUACAGCUGUUAUCUCAGAUGCUCCCCCCAGCUGCCUGACCCUGCACAGGUGAGGCACUGCUGCUAGGAAGAGGAAGGAUGAAGUCAGUCAGCAUCAAAUACCUGUUCUUAGCUCAGCUACUGAAGAAAUAACACUUUUUUGAGUAAUCUGAAUAUUGCAUGCUGGACUUUUUACAGUCUAUAGUUUAUAGACUUUUUACAGUCUGUAGUUUAUAAACUUCUUUCAUGGCUUGAGGCAAAGAUAAUAAACACUUCCUUUGAGUCACAACCCAACCUUGUUUCCACUGCACUGUCCAAGAGUUUCCUUAGGACCCUGACCCUAUGGUCAGAGGUAGGAGUUAACUUUUACUGGUGAUAAGGCAGCUCCUCGGCAAAUCUGUAUUGCUUUGUGUGUCCUUUGGUAUGCUGGGCAGGGGUACUGGUGGAAAGGGAUAUCUUGAUGCUGAUUUUAGGCACUUGGGGCCUAGGGCACACAGAUGUGUACAGAUGUGCAUGUCUGUGCAGACUUUGGGCAGUGCUUUUUCUUACCUAGAGUAGUAGAAAAGGGGGAAAAGAGAGAGAAGGGAAAGGUUCUUAUAUGCAUUUAUUCCCCCCCCCCCUUUUUUUUUUAAAUUUUUUUUUUAUUUUAUUGGGGUAUGCAUUUUAAUAGUGGAGAGUGGGCUUUUCUCUUGAGUUUGGCUUGUGCCUGUGCAGAGCUAUCCUGUCCUGCCCCCGGGCUGGCUCUGGGUGUAGCAGUCCACCGGAGUACCGGAGUACCGGGCUGUGAGUCGCAGGAUCGGUAUGUACCACUGCAGUUGUCGGUGCUGUGGCCAGAGUCUCCAGGACAAGAACUGUCAAGUGAAACAGCUGUGGUGGAAGCUAGGAGCUUACCUAUGGAGCUGAGUGAGAAGGGAGGCGUGCAGAACAAUGGAUUUGUUCAAAAUGAGGAUUUUGAGGACAAGGAAACGGCCACUAGUAGCCAAGAAGAAAUGCCAAAAACGUGCAGCGUUGAUGUGGACCCGGUGGAUGUGGAGGAGACUGUGCUGAAGCCUUAUGCUGGGAUGCCAAAGGAGGUCUUGCUGCAGUUCUCCAGCCAGGCCUGCUACAGAGUCACCAGGGAGAUCCUCUUCUGGCUGGUGAUUGCUGGUUCUGUUGCGCUCGUGUGUGCUACAAUUGCCAUCAUUGCUCUCUCUCCAAAGUGCCUUGACUGGUGGCAGGCUAGUCCUAUUUAUCAGAUCUAUCCUCGCUCCUUCAAGGACAGCAACAUGGAUGGGAAUGGGGAUCUGAAAGGUAUCCAAGAAAAACUGGACCAUAUUACAUAUUUGAAUAUAAAAACCAUCUGGAUCACCUCUUUCUUUAAGUCCCCCUUAAAAGACCUUGGAUAUGGAGCUGAAGACUUCUAUGACAUUGAUCCCAUUUUUGGAUCAAUGACAGAUUUUGAGAAUCUGAUUGCAGCCAUACAUGACAAAGGGCUAAAGGUGAUAAUGGAUUUAAUACCAAACCACACGAGUGACAAGCACCGGUGGUUUCAGCUGAGCCGCAAUCGGACUGGGAAGUACACGGACUACUACAUCUGGCAGGACUGCAGGCAGGCUGCUGGCUCAGUCAUCCCUCCCAACAACUGGGUGAGUGUCUUUGGGAAUUCCAGCUGGCAGUUUGACGACGUGAGAAAACAAUGUUAUUUCCAUCAGUUUGGGAAGGAACAGCCAGACUUGAAUUUUCGCAGCCCUGCUGUCCAGCAGGAAAUGAGUAAUAUUAUCAAAUUUUGGCUUGGCAAAGGAGUUGAUGGAUUUAGUUUUGGCACUGUUAAAUUUCUCUUAGAAGCUACACAUCUCCGGGAUGAGCCUCCAGUGAACAAGUCUCAGAAUGAAGAGAAUAUCACAGCCUAUUCCCAGCUCUACCAUGACUACACCACCACACAAGUUGGUUUGCACGACAUCCUCCGCAGCUUCCGUCACACCAUGAAUGAGUUCAGCAGAGAGCCUGGCAGAUACAGAUUUAUGGGUUCUGAUGAUGAUGAAAAGGAAGAUAUUGAAGCAACAAUGAUGUAUUAUGGAACGACUUUUAUCCAAGAAGCAGAUUUUCCCUUCAAUUUCAACCUCAUUAACAUGAAAAAUCUAUCAGGCAACAGUAUUUUUGAAGCUGUCAACACGUGGAUGAAAAACAUGCCUGCAGGAAAAUGGCCAAACUGGGCAGUUGGAAGCCCUAAUGCCGCUCGGAUUUCAACUCGGAUUGGGAAGGAGUACAUCAAUGUCAUGAACAUGCUGCUUUUAACCCUCCCUGGCACUCCUGUGACUUACUAUGGUGAAGAAAUAGGCAUGGAGAACAUUGCAUCAGAAAAUGCAACCCUCCCAGAGAAAUCCCCCAUGCAGUGGGAUGGAAAAGUUAAUGCCGGUUUUACUGAAGGCAACAGCAGCUGGUUACCUGUUAACUCUGACUACCAAAGUGUAAAUGUGGAAAUACAGAGUGCCUGGUCCAACUCAACCCUGGGUCUGUACAGAGCGCUGACGUUGCUGCGGAAGGAUGAGCUCCCCAUCACCCGAGGGUGGAUGUGCCACGUCUGGAAUGACAGUAACGUGUUUGUGUACGUGAGGGAGCUGGAUGGGUUAGACAGAGUCUUCAUGAUGGUGCUCAACUUUGGCCAGGAGUCAACAACAGACCUGCAGGCCAUAGUUCCUAACCUUCCCUCUGAAGCUGUAAUAAGGCUCAGUACUCAUUUUAGCAAUGCUGGUGAAGUGGUCAAUACCAAACUAAUUAAAACUGAAAUGGGAGAAGGCCUGGUCCUAGAAUAUACAACAGCAAAGCCUGUUCAUACUAUGGAAGCUUUUCAAGGGAAGUGUUUUGUGGCAGAAAAAGCUUGUUAUUCCAAGGCCCUCAAUUUACUCUACAUGAACUGUUAAGUAGAGGAGUAGAAUACCCAUGCUUUCAUGUUAAUUUAGAAGAUAUUAGCUUCAGGGAAAUGCUAAAAAUACGCCGUUUUCUUUGGCUUUUAAAAUGUUAUUUGUAUACUAAAUAAAUGUCCUGAAAAAUCAUCUACAUAA